AUUACAUCCUUUAACAAUGAAUAAUGGGUAAAGACAUAAAUUUCGACAAUUAAUUAAACAAAACUCUACUGUUCCACUAUGUGCGAUUGUGCCGAGGAACAACAGCGGCAAGCGGAGAAACAAGCGGAACAGAGUGGGUCUCGGAGGCGCAGCACGGCGGGGGGCGCUAGUGCGCCGGUUGAUGGGACGGCUUGCUACGCUGAGGAGCGGAGUGGCUGCCGGUUCUUCACGUGCGGGCUGUGGGCGGGCGGCGCGGCCGGCGCGGGCGGCUGGCUGCCCUACGCCGGCUCCGCGCUGCUGCUCGCCCUCAUGGCCUACAUGUUGCGCAACGUGGGUAAUCUACUUAGAGCGUCUAAAACAGUAGGUUCCAGAGCGAAGAAAAGCUUUCAAUGCGACUAUAAUAAAUAAGGCUACAGGUGCAAACUUUGUGGCUCUACGUAAAUCAUAUCGUCUAUUUUGAACUUAUAGUUUUUAAAAAAUAUGUCAUCAGUUAUUUUUCUAUUCCAAUUUUUAAUACUACUACUUUUGCAUCAAAUAAGUACACUACUUCGAAAUAAUGAGAAUUGUGUUCUUCAUUAAAUGACAACUCUGAUGAAAAUUGGCAUCCAUCAAUUUUUUUCUUGAAAUUUGUUAUUUCCUGUGGUGCCGCCAUGAUUGCUGA